UGGUCUUUUUAUUUAGUUUCAAGUUACUUUAUUUUGUUGUAUAUCAAAUAUUUUUACUCACCUGCCUCGAAGUGUCUGUAAUGCUAUGCAGUGGUAUCAUACGUCAGUAGUCUUUCUACCACCUGUGCCAAGCAGUCUUAAUAUUUGACCAGCAGAUACCUUGAACGGUUGCGGAACACUUGACUUAAUUACUUUUAAGAAACUUGACAGUAUUGUUGAAGAUUUACCAAUCAGUCAUGGACAGAGGUGAUUCCAGAGACUUGGAUGCACUAUUGAAAGGAGCCCAUACUCCCUCUUGUGGACAAUUUAGUGUGCCUGCAUGUGACCAUCCAACACGUUGUGCUGACAUAGAAAAAUUAAAGAGAGGACAGUUAUUUUUCCUGAAUAACAUAUCCAGCUGUGUAUUUGCAAUGUUAUGUUCCCUGGCAUGUGGAUUGAGUAUUUCCAAUCUGCUGGAUCCAUUGGUAUUUACAAAAGUAUCAGAUACACCCAAGAAAUCUCUUGAUCGCUAUAUACACACCUUAAUACAUGUCAUAAGAUGGCACCUGAGUGACUUUUUGGAAAAAGAUUCUCCCGGGAGAAAAUCUCUUGAUCAGGUUAGAAAUAUGCAUAAUGCUGUGGCGGAGGCCAUGACAAAACAACAACCUGAUGAGAAGGUGGUCUUCUCUCAGUAUGACAUGUCAUUGGUACAAAGUGGUUUUGUAGGAGCUAUUGUGUUACACCCACAAAGUUUUGCUAUUCAUCACGCUGUCAAAGAUUUAGAUGAUUAUGUUUAUCUCUGGAGAUUCAUUGGAAGUCAACUUGGGAUAACUGACCAGAACAACAUCUGCUUCCAUGGCUACCAUCCAACAUUUACUAUUUGCAAGCAAAUUGAGGAUAGAGUUUUAAUACCGGCUUUAAGAAAUCCUCCAAAGGAUUUUGAUUUGAUGGCCAAGGCUUUCACAGAUGGUUUAAAUAGACUACACUUAGUGAGUGUUUAUACCCCAGAAGCAGUGAUAAACUUUGUGUUUGACAUCAUUGGUCAGGACAGAAAAAGACAGUCCAUCCCAAAUGAGCUCAGGAUUAUGACUUACAAGCUCAUGAUGAAAUUAAAAUUGUAUGUUCCAGGAUUUCAAUUUGUGAUGAAUAAACUAGUUAUGCUCUUUUACAGUUGUGUCGACAAAAAAGGGAGUACGUGCUCGUGAUACUAUUGUUUACUCUUCUAAAAGUUGCAUAUUUAUUUCAUUAGGGUGUAACAUGAAAUGACCAAAUCAAUAUAGUGCUGACAGUGUUGUUGUGAUAGAGGUUCAAAUUUGGAUAGAUAUUUUGUUUUCUUACUUUAAAACUGUCGUGUAAUACAUUUCUACAGAUAAUAAACAGGUUAAAAUGAAAGCCAUUCCUCUAUUCUACACUACAAAUAUGGUCCGACAAUCACACAUCCGGGACACUACACAUCACUUAUUUUAGAAAAAUAACGUUUGAAAAAGAAAAGGAAAAAGAAAAAAGAAACUGGUUUGUUAUGGACGGCCGUUUU